CGUGUUCGCUGCUCGUCUGCUCCCAUGCUGCUUCCUGCUCCUCCUGCUGCUCCUCCUGCUGCUCCUCCUGCUCCUCCUGCUGCUGUCAGCUCGGUAGUCUGGAGGUAGUUUGGCCCUGUGGCACGCGGGGAUCUGUGAGAGAUGAACAGUGAAAACUUCAGCCUGAGCGAGAAGAUCGUGUCCUCCUCCUACGUCCGACAGGGGAGCCAGGCGCGUCGCAGCCAUGAGCAGCUCAUCAGACACUUACUGGAGCAGGGUAAGUGUCCAGAGGAGGGAUGGAGCGAGAGCACCGUAGAGCUCUUCCUGAAUGAGCUGGCUGUGAUGGACAGCAACAACUUCCUCGGCAACUGCGGUGUGGGAGAGAGGGAAGGCCGGGUGGCGUCUAGCCUCGUGGCAAGACGACAUUACAGGCUGAUCCAUGGAAUCGGUCGGUCCGGUGACAUUGCUGCUAUUCAGCCCAAAGCUGCAGGAUCCAGUCUGCUUAACAAGCUGACCAACUCAGUUGCACUGGACAUCUUAAAGCUCUCAGGUGUCCGGAGUGUGGCGAGCUGCUUCGUAGUUCCCAUGGCGACAGGGAUGAGCUUGACUCUGUGCUUCCUGACGCUCCGUCACCGGAGACCAAAGGCCCGCUACAUCAUUUGGCCUCGCAUUGACCAGAAGUCCUGUUUCAAAGCCAUGAUCACAGCAGGCUUUGAACCGGUGGUGGUGGAGAAUGUUCUUGAGGGCGAUGAGUUGCGGACAGACUUGGAGGCAGUUGAGCGCAAGAUCGAGGAGCUCGGAGCCGAUAACGUCCUGUGUGUUCAUUCAACAACGUCCUGCUUCGCCCCGCGGGUCCCCGACCGGCUUGAGGAGCUGGCCACCAUGUGUGCCAAAUAUAACAUUCCCCACAUCGUUAACAAUGCAUACGGAGUGCAGUCGUCCAAGUGCAUGCACCUCAUACAACAGGGAGCUCGUGUGGGAAGAAUCGAUGCCUUUGUACAGAGCUUGGACAAGAACUUCAUGGUUCCAGUAGGUGGCGCCAUAAUAGCAGGUUUUGAUGAGCCUUUCAUACAGGAGAUAAGCAAGAUGUAUCCAGGUCGAGCAUCGGCUUCGCCUUCGCUUGACGUCCUCAUUACCCUUCUCACUCUGGGAGCAAGCGGCUACAAGAAACUGCUGUCUGAAAGAAAGGAGAUUUAUUCGUUCCUGGCUCAGGAGCUGAGGAGUCUGGCCUCUGCUCACGGGGAGAGAUUGCUCCACACCCCACAUAACCCCAUUUCACUGGCCAUGUCUCUGGACGGUCUCCAGGCCGAGAGCGACAAAGCAGUGACUCACCUUGGCUCCAUGUUGUUCACGCGGCAGGUGUCCGGAGCCAGAGUAAUACCGCUGGGCAAGGAGCAGACCAUCAGCGGACACACGUUCCGCGGCUUUAUGUCGCACUCGGAGGAAUACCCCUGUCCUUACCUCAAUGCUGCCUCGGCUGUGGGAAUCACGCGUGAGGAUGUGACACUGUGCAUCAAAAGGCUCGACAAGUGCCUGAAGACCCUGAAGAAAGAGGGAAAUGCUGCGAAAUGUAGUCCGCCAGAAUAUCCGUCGUGCCAGGAGGACACUGCUGGAGAAUGACUGAGCAGGACACCAAACACUUAGAUUGAGCCCUCUCCUGACGGAUUUCAACUGUGUGUGUACUUGCUGAUGGACUAUCAAUUCAGACAUUGAUUUGAACUCUGCAUACAACAGCUAAUAAUGAAACUGUGCAGGUGUUCAUUACAAACUAAUAUGACAAGAGCUGAUUUCAGUACCUUCCUCUGUGAAAGUUUGCUAAUAAGUAGACACUCAAACAAAAGCUGCAUAGAAAUGAUUCUCAGGAGCAGAUGGUUGUUCACCACUGAUCUGCAUUGCCUGUAUAUACUGAAAACACUGUUCUGUAUGAUUGAUUUUUAAUAGAUUAUAUUAGAUUGACCUUU